GGAAUUUAUGUAUCUACGUACAACUUUUGAAUUUAAGAACUCUCUCCCAUUAAUCCUUCAUAAUGAAUCAUCUAUUAAUAGAGAAAAUUCUUUAAUAAAUUCUGAUACUUGGAUCGAUGAUUACAAAAAACAGAUUCGAUCACCUGCAGAUCAUUAUGAAAUAAAACCUACUGUGCCUGACUCAUUAGACCCUGAAAAAUAG